UUAUUGGUCUUCUGUCCUGGACGGAAUUGAUUACCGUUUUGUGAGCGUAAAUAAUGGUGAAUUCAAAGUGGCAGGAGGAGGAUUCGUCCGCGUCGCCAGCGGCCAUGGGCGUCGUUACCAUGGCCGUCGAUCAGAGUCAUCGCCAUGGCCGAUGACGCGUCGUCGCAACCGAAACGCCACGGCCUUAUGGCUUCUUCUCGCACUGUCUGGCCAAGGGGUUCUAGUCCUCGCCAUGGCAGAUCUAGCGGACCGAUCGGCUACGGCCUUAUGGCUUCACCGUCGGUUCCUGCUUCUUGCCGUGGCCAUGGGUGUCGCCGAUUUGAUGUCCGAUCGUCGAUUUCAUAUUCGCCAUGGCCGAUCGGUCGAAAGCUGCUCUCUCCUUGUUCGAAAAGACGGCCGAGGGUUGCGAAGGGAAUUGGUCGCCGGUGGUUGAAGGCUUCAUGGCUCCCGUUAAAGGAGGCGAGUCGGAAGCUAAAGCCGCCGGCAAGAAGAAGAUGCAGAGGCGGUAGCGGCGGCGCACAAAUGGGGUUGAGAACCCUACGUGAAGGUUGAAGAUGAUGGGUAUUAAGCAGGUCGGGUCGGGUCAAUCCGACCCAUUAAAAGAUCUUCGAUCGGCCAAUCAACAAUUUACUCCGACGCGCCACCGCCCCACCGCCUCAAAGAACCACCCCUCGGACCUUCUAAAGAUCAGGGCUUUCUCGCCGACUUCAGUUUAACCUCCUCGUAGUUUCCGUACAAAGUUGAAUUGAAUUUCUCCUGUUUCAGCAUCGAAUGAGAAUGCUAUUUGUGAUCUGGGAGCUCUCGAGUUUGAAGAAAGAGAGGUUCAUCUGCGGAAGAGAGAGAGAGAGGGUGAAGCCGUUGUCAAAAAAGAUGGCAGUCUGGGCGAAAGGGAGAGAGGGUGGAAGAAAGGAGUGCUGUGGUUGAGAAUCCGCGGACAGACCGUGGGAUGCGGAGGGUGGAAGAUGGACAAAGUGGCCAACCCUACUCAAAUGGGUAGGUAGUUCUAAUUGUCGAGGGAAUUCACCCACCGUGCAUUGCCUCAACACUUUGUCCACUAAAAUUCCAUCGCGCAUUGCCAAUUUCUCUAGAGCUUUUCUCUCCCAUUCGGCGCUGACUUCGUGUUCGUCGCCAUCUCCGACUCCAAGUUCCAGACCGUCGGCGCAUCUUCAUCUUCUUCCACAGUAAGGUUUUCGGCCACGUUCUUUUCCUAUUUCUGUAGAUCUGACGAGCGAUCUUGGUCUUCGACCACUACCCCUUCCCCUUUGUGUUUGUCGCCAUCUCCGUCGAAUUUGACCUCCGAUUCCGACUUUCAGACCACCAUUCAUCUUCGUCUCAUCCACGAAAGCAUGAACCAGAUCGAGUUCAUACUUGAUUUUCCCACCAGUAGUAGCGGAAGAAAUCUCAAGAGAUGGCAUUUGGCGUUUACCACAAUCUAUUGUUCGAGGGCCUUCUCUCAUUUGAUCAAACGCGUGGUGGCCACGAAUAAGGGUAGGGCUUCCCCUAUUACAUCACCACAUAGCGUACUUAUCAAUGUUGCUGAAGGACCACCCCCCUGCUUUUCAAACAUUAACCAGUUAACCCUCUCCGGUCUCUUGAAGCAAAAAAACAUAGACGCUCUUGAAGAAGUUGGUGGCGUUGAGGGCAUAGCCUCCUCUCUCAACACCAACCUUGAGCAUGGAAUUCGCGGUGAUCACGUAGAUCUUUCAUAUCGACACAAGGCCUUUGGCACGAACACAUAUUGCAGGCCACCGGCAAAGAGCUUCUUCCGAUUUGUUUGGGAGGCCCUGACGGACUUCACUAUCGUAAUAUUGUUGGUCUGUGCGGCUCUUUCCCUUGGAUUUGGCAUGAAGGAAGAUGGCCUGAAAGAAGGAUGGUAUGACGGCGGAAGCAUAUUCGUGGCCGUGUUUCUUGUCGUUGCAGUGUCGGCAACAAGUGACUUUAGGCAGAGCAGGCAGUUUGUCAAGUUAUCCAAAGUCAGUAGCAACAUCCCAGUUGAGGUCGUGAGAAAUGGCAGGCGACAACAGGUUUCGAUUUUCGAUAUUGCUGUGGGAGACGUAGUCUGCUUGAAGAUUGGCGACCAAGUUCCCGCUGAUGGGUUGUUCAUAGAUGGCCACUCACUGCAACUGGAUGAAUCCAGUAUGACAGGCGAAAGUGAUUACGUUGAAGUUAAUUUAGCCCAAAAUCCGUUCUUGAUCUCCGGCACCAAGGUGGCUGAUGGAUUUGGCCGAAUGCUAGUGACCUCUUUGGGGAUGAAUACGACCUGGGGAGAGAUGAUGAGCACGGUCAACCACGAUUCCCAUGACGAGACGCCGCUACAGGCACAGCUGAAGAAGCUUGCUUCUGCCAUAGGUAAGGUUGGUUUGGCUGUUGCCUCCCUUGUUCUUGUUGUGUUGUUGGUGCGCUACUUCACAGGAAAUACAGAAGAUGAGAAUGGAAACAAGGAAUUCAACGGCAGCAAGACAAAAGCUGAUGAUGUGAUAAAUUCUGUGCUGGGAGUCAUUGCUGAUGCAGUGACCAUUGUGGUCGUGGCAAUUCCUGAGGGCUUACCAUUAGCUGUAACGCUUACUCUGGCUUAUUCCAUGAAGAGGAUGAUGGUUGAUCAGGCUAUGGUUCGGAAGCUCUCUGCAUGUGAGACAAUGGGCUCUGCCACCACCAUAUGUACAGACAAAACCGGCACACUUACACUCAACCAGAUGAAGGUGACCAAGUUUUGGCUUGGUCAUGAGUGUGUGGAUGAAAAAAUGGCCACUUCAAUUGCAACCAACAUUCUUGAAUUGCUCCACCAAGGGGUUGGACUGAACACAACGGGUACUGUUUAUAAAUCCCCGUUGGGAUCUGAACUCGAGUUCUCUGGCAGCCCAACAGAAAAGGCGAUACUUUCUUGGGCUUUUUUGGAGUUACACAUGGACGUGGAGGAGCUGAAGCAGACAUUUGUGGUUCUCCAUGUUGAAGCCUUCAAUUCAACGAAGAAAAGAAGUGGGGUUCUAAUGCGAAGGAAAUCUGAUAAUAUGGUUAGUGUGCACUGGAAAGGCGCUGCAGAGAUGAUACUUGCCAUGUGUUCGCAUUACUAUGAUGUCAGUGGAAAUAUCAAAUCUCUUGAUGAUGUAGAGAGGAAGAAGUUUGAUCAAAUCAUCCAAGGUAUGGCUGCUAGUAGCCUGCGAUGCAUUGCUUUUGCACACAAGCAGAUUUCAGAGGAAAGGAACAAACAUGAAAAAUCGCAGCAAAAGAUGGAAGACAACUGCUUAACCCUUUUGGGGAUAGUAGGUCUAAAGGACCCCUGCCGACCUGGUGUGAAGAAAGCGGUGAAGGAUUGCCAAUAUGCUGGAGUGAACGUGAAAAUGAUUACCGGUGACAAUGUUUUCACGGCUAGAGCCAUUGCUACAGAGUGUGGGAUACUUAGGCCUGACCAGGGAAUGGAGAGUGGUGCUGUGGUUGAAGGAGAAGAAUUUCGCACUUACACGCCAGAGGAGCGAAUGGAGAAAAUUGACCGAAUCUGUGUCAUGGCAAGAUCCUCUCCCUUUGAUAAACUUCUAAUGGUGCAAUGCUUGAAACAGAAAGGCCAUGUUGUGGCAGUGACUGGUGAUGGCACAAAUGAUGCACCGGCUUUAAAAGAGGCCGAUAUAGGCCUUUCUAUGGGGAUCCAGGGAACUGAAGUGGCCAAAGAAAGCUCAGACAUUGUGAUUUUGGAUGAUAAUUUUGGUUCCGUUGCCACAGUGUUGAAAUGGGGCAGAUGUGUGUACAACAACAUCCAGAAAUUCAUUCAGUUCCAGCUCACAGUUAAUGUGGCCGCACUUUUCAUCAAUUUUGUGGCUGCAGUUUCAGCCGGUGAAGUCCCUCUAACAGCUGUCCAGCUGUUAUGGGUGAACCUGAUCAUGGACACCUUGGGAGCUCUUGCUCUUGCCACUGAGAAGCCCACCCGAGAGCUCAUGGAGAAGCCGCCUGUGGGUCGUACUUCCCCACUCAUCACCAACAUCAUGUGGAGAAACCUGCUUGCUCAAGCAUUCUACCAGAUAGCUGUUCUGCUGACUCUGCAGUUCAGGGGAGAAUCGAUCUUUGGGCUGAGCAAGAAUGUCAAUGACACGUUGAUCUUCAAUACUUUUGUGCUAUGCCAAGUUUUCAAUGAAUUCAAUGCCCGGAAGCUGGAGAAGAAGAAUGUAUUCGAGGGCAUACACCAAAACAAGUUGUUUAUGGGGAUCAUUGGGAUAACAAUUGUUCUUCAAGUGCUAAUGGUGGAGUUCCUGAAGAAGUUUGCAAGCACAGAGAGGCUCAAUUGGUGGCAAUGGGGGGUCUGUAUUGGAUUUGCAGCCAUGUCUUGGCCAAUUGGGCUUCUCGUCAAGUGCAUACCGGUUCCGGAUAGACCAUUUUUCAGUUACCUCAAAUGGCAGAAUGUAAAAAACAUGUAGAUACGAUCUCAUAGGUAGAAUAUCAAUAUUUUCCCAUAUGCGUAGAGCUGGUUUUAUUAUAGUUUCAUUCAACUCCUUUAUAUGUUGAAGCAUUGCAAUAAAUUAAAACAAAAUUAUUUGUUCUUGGCAAAUUUUAUGAAAUUAUUUUGUGGCUGUGAGGCAUGACAUCAGCGACAAAUAUUUGUUCCAAACCAAUGAUUUGUUAGUCUCCUAAUCCUAUUUAUGAA